AUGAUGAUGAAUACUUCAUGGCGUCUUGGCUAUGCUUCUCACUCGGCGCUCCUGACGAGGCCGAUGCGCUUCUUCUCCACCUCACGACCUCAGAGUCUGAAGAUCAAUGCCGAUAGACUCAACGAAACUCUUCACUACACGUGUCAAUGGGGAGCGGCUAACAGAUAUGGAGAUGGCCCCAACGAUACCGGCAUGUCGCGGCUUGCCCUGUCUGAUGAUGAUGCCCGCGUCAGGCAAUGGUUUGCCCAAGAGACUGCCAAGCUGGAUUGCCAAUUGACCGUCGAUAAGAUGGGAAACCAAUUCGCCAAGAGGGCGGGAUCAUCCAAAACUGGCGCCCCGAUGAUUGCAAUGGGAAGCCAUCUGGACACCCAGCCGCGUGGCGGUCGGUACGACGGGAUUUUGGGCGUCCUCGCUGCCGUCGAGGUGCUCAGGACUUUGAAAGACGUCGGCUACACGACAAAUUACGACGUUGGCGCGAUUAAUUGGACAAACGAGGAGGGUGCCAGAUUUCCCAAUUCCAUGGUGUCAUCCGGAGUCUGGGCGGGCAAGAUCCCCAUCGAGAAGGCGUGGAGCUUGGCCGACAUCUUUGAUCCAUCUGCCACCAUGCACUCGGAACUUGUGCGGCAUGGCUACGUCGGGAGCGUCGAGUGCUCAAGUGACCCGGAAACGGGAUAUCCGCUCACAGCCCACUUUGAGCUACACAUUGAGCAGGGACCUAUCCUAGAACGAACUGGUAAAAGAAUCGGGGUUGUGCAGGGAGCGCAGGCGUACAAGUGGUUGACCGUGUCUGUGACCGGCCGAGAUGCCCAUACGGGAACGACGCCGUUGGAUAUGCGGAGCGACCCGUUGUUGGCCACGGCGAAAAUGAUUGCUUCUUCCAAUGCUAUUGCAAAGAAGCACGGUGCGCUGGCGUCCACGGGCGUGGUGAAGAUUCCGCCAAACUCAUCCACCAACACGAUUGCUUCGACCGCCACCUUCUCCCUGGACAUCCGCCACCCAGAGGAUCAUGUAGUCGCCCAGGUGCUCGAGGAGUGUCUUGCAUCGUUUGAUUCCAUCAGCAAGGAGGAUGGCAAGGGUGUCAAGUUCAAGUGGUCGCUUGAUACGGACUCGGAAGCCACAAAAUUCGACAGGGACUGCAUCAAGGCUGUUGAAAUGGCGGCUAAUGACAUCGUCGGGCCCGACGGAUGGAGUCCGUUGACAAGCGGAGCCGGACACGACAGCGUGUAUACGAGCAAAAAGGUUCCCACGACCAUGAUAUUUGUUCCUUGCAAAGAUGGCGUGAGCCAUCAUCCUGAGGAAUAUUGCAGUCCUGAAGAUUGUGCCAUCGGAGCUCAAGCGUUGUUGCAGGCAGUGAUCAAUUAUGACAAGAUGCUGGUGUCUGGGAAUCAUUGA